GGCUACACGGAAACGCUGCCAUCUUACUUGUAUCAUAAAUAUAUGUAUAUACAUUUGUACGUGUGUGUUUAACAACAGAAACGCAUCGACUCGACCGUAAAGACAAGCGAAAAGUGUCGACGAAGAGACGGCGUCGUCCGCAGAGCUCUUUACCGGGGCUUUAGCUUUAGCUUUAGCCGCCGUGACGUCAGAGGCACCGCAGCUCUGAACACUUCUCAGAAUAGACUUCUAGGAAACGGUAAAUUUUAAAAGCCCAGCCUUUACAGUCUGUCCUUCACACAUUUGGAUCCCGGUCUGGCGACAGAACACUCCAGCCGACGCUGCUCGCUCCUCUCUCGCUCCUCUCUCGCUCCUUCCCGAGUGUUUUCUAUUAAUUUCGCCUGAUUCUCUAGUUUUUCUAACGAACUUCAGAAGCUGCGGUUCUCAUACGCGGAAAUCCUCACCGUCUUCACUGCGAGAGUCUCCGAAUGAGCUUCUUUUUUUCACAUCGAACCAAAAGAGCUGGAUUUUCCCAACAUUUAUUUUCGAAAACUUUACGACAAUUACUGUUUUUAUUCUGUGAAUAAAUUUACGGCCCGAGUUUUUCCAGAAGGAAUCGAGAGAUAUUAUGAUUCUUUGUGUCCCGAGCCCUAGAACUCUUCUGCCAGCUGCCCUGUCCUCUGAAGCCCCCCAGGGUAUGCGGACUGGAACAGUAGCGUCCAACCCCUGCCUCCCGAGCACCCCUCCAACAUGGGACCCCACAAAAGACCUUCGAGCCAUCGCUAGCAACUUCUGUUAUCUAGAAAAUUCCGGCUGGUACUGGGGGGCAGUAACGGCGGCUCAGGCACACGCUGCCCUCCAGGAGGCGUGUGAAGGAGCCUUCCUGGUGCGGGACAGCAGCCACCCCAUGUACAUGCUGACCCUCUCGGUCCGGACCGCACGGGGUCCCACCAGUAUUAGGAUCCAGUACAGCGGCGCUCAGUUUUUGCUGGACUCCAGCUCGCCGGCCCGGCCCAGCCUGUCGUCCUUCCCCAGCGUACCCAGCCUGGUGCAGCACUACAUGGGGCAGGAGAAGAAGGCGGAGGAGGGUAAGAUGGAGGUGGAGGCGCCGUCCAAACCCUCUCAGCAGACGAUCCAGGAGACGUCAGUGGUACUCAAACUGAAGCGGGCCGUGUACAAGCCCACGGGCCUCCCGUCUUUACAGCACCUCACACGCCUGGUCAUCAACACACACUGCGACUGCGCCGACCAGCUUCCACUCCCACGGCCUCUGCUGCGUUUCAUCCAGGACUAUCCUUUCAAGGUAUGAGGAGUUGGACCAGAUCUUCAGAGUCGAGAUCUUGGUGCAGCAAACUCAGAGACAAACAACGGUCAGAGCCGCUGACCGGAGCCUGACGGAUGACGAGUGACGGUCGGUCCCAGGAGGAAGAACUGGACACAGGGUCAAACAUUUUUUACUGAAGUCAUUUGUACAAUUUCAGGUGAAACUGACGUGUCUGACGUUGGACUCAGUCUGUGGAGGACUGAGGGGUGAAGUGUCCCACAGAGGGGGGGGGGAGAGGGGGAGAAAGUCAGUACUGUACUCUACACUCAUUCUGUGGUGGAUGUGGAAAUUGUCUGUUUGUAUUUUACUCUCCUCAGUUCAAGGUGAACAUUUUAUUUCCUGGACACAGAUUCCUUUGAACGCAUCGUUUUAUUUUGUCACAUAUUUUCUACAUUUUACAAAUGUUCAUUUUUUUCUAUUAAAACAAGCAUUUUCAGUCUGACGUUCUCCACUCCUCCUGUCUCUGUCUCUCCUCACAGGAAGAUUCUGUCUUUGUUUUAAUGAUCAUUCACUACAGUGAACACUUUUUCCCUGUAGCCAUUUUCCUCGUUAAUCUUCUUUGAAAUGCAACAACUCCGUGGCCUUUGAGCUCCUUGUGUGAGCGAGGCCGUGAAGGCCACAAAGAGUUUUUUUUUUUUUUUUUUUUUUUUUUCUAAAAUGCGCGCAGCCUGCAUCUGAGUCAGCGAAUGAACGGGCGGAGGGGAGGGCCGUUCAUUGGCAGAUUCACAGAACUGCCUGGUGCUUCCAGGGAGGAGGCUGAGAUUCUGAGAGGGUGGCUUCUGAGAAAGCCUGUGUAAUUACCUUCAGCUUUGAGCCUGCUUUUGUGUUCUCUGACACACAUUUGUAUUAGGGAACAGGGUGUGACCGAGAAUCUGACUGGAUCAGGAGAACGCUGCAGCUCAGGAAGGGUCUUCACAUCGUCAGAGAACAGGUACGGAGGGUUACUGACCAGCACAGACACAGGGCUGCAGCGGCUGCACGCCUCAUCGGCCUCUGGACACAGCUUCAGUCUGUGGAGGUGAAACACAAGCAGUGAUUGGAUGAUGAGGACGUUAACGAGCUGAGCUGAUGAGCUACCUGCUGGCGUUCUCUUUGGUCAACUCCACGGCUUCCUGACUGCGAUCCAAGGCCACGACUUGAAGCUGUGGAAAAAAAAGGAGACCGAGCA